CACUCGGCGCGACGUCACGUCCGGCGACGGGAGUUAGCAGUGGAGAGGGCCCGGGGCCGGUGUCUUGCAGCGUCGCUCCCCUCGCACGCUCGGCCCUGACGCUUAUGGUUCCGCCUGCCCGCCGGUAGCACAGCGUUCCUGGCCUGCUCUCCGCUGCCUCCCGGAACUCUUAGUCUGAACCGGGUGUGUUUGCUCUACUAGAGGCUCACUUAAGAAAAAAAAAAUUCCCUCCAAGGAUGAAACAUGACUGACGACUCUCAGAGAAACUUCCGUUCAGUCUACUACGAGAAAGUUGGCUUUCGUGGAGUUGAAGAGAAGAAAUCACUGGAAAUCCUCCUGAAAGAUGACCGGUUGGACGUAGCAUCAUGGUUUCUAGGUAAACUGAAAGAAUCCCGGUUAUGGUUUCCUUUUGUGGAAGACAUUGAGAAGCUUUGCACAUUCAGCCAGAGGUUCCCUCUCCCAUCCAUGUACCGUGUGUUGGUGUGGAAGGUACUGCUAGGCAUCUUGCCUCCACACCAUGACUCUCAUGCCCAGGUGAUGGCCUAUCGCAAAGACCAGUACAGUGACGUCCUCCAUGCCCUGACAGUAGUCCGCUUCAUCAGUGACGCCACGCCGCAGGGCGAGGUGUAUCUCCGCAUGUAUCAGCUUGAGUCGGGGAAGUUGCCUCGAAGUCCUUCUUUCCCUCUGGAACUGGAGGAUGAAGUCUUUCUCGCCAUUGCUAAAGCCAUGGAAGAGAUGGUGGAAGACAGCGUGGACUGUUACUGGAUCACCCGAUGCUUCGUGAAGCAGUUCAAUAACAAGUACCGGGACGCUUUACCUCAGCUGCCCAGGGCUUUUGAACAGUACUUGAAUCUGGAAGACAGUAGGCUGCUGAGUCAUCUGAAGACGUGUUCUGCGGUGUCCAAACUUCCUUAUGACCUCUGGUUCAAAAGGUGCUUCGCGGGAUGCCUACCCGAGUCCAGUUUACAGAGGGUCUGGGAUAAAGUCGUAAGUGGAUCCUGUAAGAUCCUGGUUUUUGUAGCCGUAGAAAUAUUAUUAACCUUUAAAAUAAAGGUCAUGGCGUUGAACAGUGCAGAGAAGAUAACAAAGUUCCUGGAAAACAUUCCUCAGGACAGCUCAGAUGCCAUCGUGAGCAAGGCCAUCGACUUGUGGCACAAACACUGUGGGACCCCAGUCCAUUCAGCCUGACAGCUCGUGACUUCAUGGACAGCCUGCAGACCCUCCCUGAGCACUUUGUUCAUGUCACUUGGCCUACUGACUGGUUAGAAAUAACAGUCUUGCUGUGGUGCUCCAAAUGCAACACCCCUCCCCCAGUCAGUAAAAUAAUUUAAUCAAGAUGCCUGGCCUGGCCACGUUAUGAAGCCGCAUCUCUUAGUGACACUGACAUGCAACUCUGGGCUAGUAUUCUAAAAGGGUGACUAGGAAAUUCCUCCGGGUCUGGGCAGCUCUGUCAGGGCAGCCCGGGCACUCUUGUGGAUGGUAAGAGUGAAGCCCUGCCCCCUCUGAUGACCACCAAGACACACAGUUACUUAGGAAGGCCUGGUUCUGGAAGAAGAGCAGCUUUCUUUUCCUGGCCUCUCUGAUUUGGCUUUAGCCUUCUGUUGCCCUAGGACGUGUGUAAGUGCGAGCUGACUGCUGUCUCAUGCCCUGCCUGACUAAACUGGCUUAAAGACAGUCCCUGCAUUUCCUUACAUGUUCCCUCCUUUGUGCCAGCUGGAAUGGAGUCUUGUCUUUUCCUUCCUGAGACAAAGCUUCAUUCUGUACCUCACCUUUCUGAAGCUCUUUAUGUAGCUGGCCUUGAAGUCCUAGCUGUCCUCCUGCCUCAGCCUCCUGAGUGCUGGGAUUUUAUUAAAUAAAAUACCUCUAAAUUUACCUUCUAGGAGAAGGAGAAAGCA